CUACAACACACCAUGUAACUUGACCUGUCACGAUAUUCCUUUUACUGCUUAGCAAUCCCCGGCACAUAACCUAUUUUUGGAUCAGACUUCUAUGUACUUGGAUGGCCUAAUAUCGCAAUAUGGCCUUCCUCGUCGGCAGCACGCAGCCAGUACUCCAGCGCCUCGCCGUCCCCGCCGUCUGCCUCCUAAUUGCUUUCCUAGCCUACACGUCGCAAUGGCUGUUCGCUAACGCACCCGAUCUCGCCCCGGGCCCGCUGACGACCGCCGAGAUGUACACUUUCAACGGCCUGGUAUUGUGUCUUUGGUACACGUACUAUAAGGCUUGCACCGUCGACCCGGGCCGAUAUGUCUUCCCGCCGGAUUAUAUCAAGAAGAAGAACAACAACCAGAGGAGGAAUACCAACGACUCGGGCGAGGGAGAGUUGCAUCUGGAUCCCCAACAGAUACAGCGCUGGUGUAAGAAGUGUGCAGCGCCCAAGCCGCCUCGCGCGCAUCACUGCAAGACGUGUCGCCGCUGUAUCCCCAAGAUGGACCACCACUGUCCCUGGACCUCCAACUGCGUCUCCCUGCAGACCUUCCCGCACUUUCUACGCUUCCUCGUAUACACCAACCUCUCCCUCUGGACCCUCCUCGCUUUCCUCUUCCGCCGCUUCUUCGCCCUCUGGGAAACCCGUCACCUCCCCGCAUAUCUCGGGCCCACGCUAUCGCAACUCGCCCUCCUUACCGUCCUUACCUUCGCCGCAGGCGUGACAAGCCUAGCCCUAGGCAUCCUACUAAUUACCACCCUCAAAGGCUGGCUCUUCAACACCACCAUGAUCGAAACCUGGGAAAUCGAACGCCACGAAUCCGCCCUCGAGCGCCGCUACGAAUCCUCCUCCGACAACGACACGUACUCGUCGUGGUGGGGCUCAGGCGAACACGCCCCCGGCGGCGAUCGCCAAGCCCUCGAUCCCAUCGAGUUCCCCUACGACAUCGGCAUCUUCGCCAACAUGGCCGCCGCCAUGGGCACCCGCGACCCCCUACUAUGGUUCCUCCCCUUCGCCGGCGAGCCAAGAAUCGCACCCCUCCUCAAAAAAGACGAGAGCGGCAGCAGCGAUAUAACAACAAUAAUGAGCGGCACGGGCUGGUCCUACGAGGAAAACGGCCUCAACGACCGCGAGGGCAUGUGGCCGCCCCCCGACCCCGACAAGAUCCGCCACGCGAAGGCCUGGCGCGCACGCAAGCGCGAAGCCGACCGCGCUCUGGAAAGGGCGCGCUUCGACGACAACAACGCCGACCCCGCCGACGAGCGGGAAGCGUUUCGGCGACGGCAGGAGCGGGAUUUGCGGCGGUGGGAAGCGUCGCGGUCGCGGAUCCUAGGGGAGUUGGAGGAGAUGGAGAUGCCCCCGGAGUGCUACGACGACAAUAACAAUAACGACCGCGAUUACGAUUUCGUCGACGAGGCGUACGAUCGCAGAUUAGGCCCGGGACGACGCGCUGCUGCUGCCGCCGCGGUUAUACUGGACGAGGGCAAGUCCGGCUGGGUGAACGCCGAUGGCGAGCACCUGGGCGACUACGGCGUGGACGAGGACGCCGAGUUCGACGAGCAGCCGGCGGUGGUGGAGGAACAGCCGCGGCGACUACUACGGGAGGAAUUAAUCCCCGUAGAAGACGAGGACGUGCCUCUCGCGGAAUUGCUGCGCAGGAGGAAAGUACACACAAAAAAACAUGAUGAAGAGACGUAAUGAUUGAUGAUGAUGUAUGUAUGUCUUGGGUAGGCACCUAGGUAAUUUACGAUUAUUACUAUUGGGUUAUGUCACAAAUAGGAUAAUAA